UGUGGUACUGAAGAGAAAUUGGGGAUUUGGUCUGAUAAAGGUUUGCUGUAGUUGGAUCUCCUUGGUGUCCUGUAAAUGACACACGAAGCUGAGCACUCGCACUCCUGGCGUGUCAAUCCAACAGAGAGAUGUUAUAAAGUGCAUCAUGGAGACAGCCAGGCAAUCAGAAACCCCUGAACACAAAGCAGCUUCAGUGAAAGGAUUAACACAGACUUGGCAGAAAUGGUCUGAAGAUCACAAGGAUUAUCAGAAGCACAAUCCAUUCACUAGUGAUGAGGUGCUGGCCGUUCAUCCCGAGUGGGGUCAGGAGGACUAUGGCCGACCUCCGGAGGGUUCUCACACUGAGCGCAGAGGGAAGGAAGCUCACUCCCACAUCGGCAGGGAGGUGACGGAGCUGUGCCAGAUUAUUAGAGAACUUGGGCACAGACGAGAAGAUGGGAGACGAGAAGUUGAGUUUGGCACGCUGUUUGAUCAUUAUGUCUCAAUUUCGAACAAGCUGGUGGGAGUACUGCUCCGGGCACGGAAACAAGGGCUUGUGCAAUUCGAGGGGGAGAUGCUGUGGCAAGGGAAAGAUGAUCUAGUGCUUAUCUCACUGCUUCCAUAACCAAUUAUUAAAAUGAAUGAAUAGAUUAAUCAUAUUGUGAGCCUUUUGAAUGAUAGAUUAAUCAUGUUGUGAACAUUUUUUGUAAUUAUAUGGAGUACUCUCAGAAUAAGGCCAGUAUCCUUGGCUUUUCUCUGAGUGAGUUCACAGUUGCAGCAAAGCUUCAAUUGGGUCUUGCUUGAGUGGAUUCAGCUUAGUGACACAUGCAUUAAAGAAGCAGUGUGUAAUCCUCAGAGCCCUCUGCUGUCUGCUCAGAAAAUUGCAACUGUCAUGAAAACAUUUUAUAUGACUUCCUAUACCUCCCAGCUGCCUCUAACCCCUUCAGCAGAAACUAGAGAAGAAAUUAGUGAAAGCACAGAAUCACAGCUUCAAGCUAUUUAAGAUAUCUUAAUUAAUCUAAGCAUUAAUAAUUGCAUGAAUUAACAAUUAUGAAAUAUUUAUGGAACUACCGAAGGACACCAGUCACAUUCAUUCAUUCAUUCAUUCAUCUUCAGUAACUGCUUUAUCCUGAUCACACUCAUGUGAACACUGGGCAUGAGGCAAAAUACACCCUGGGUGUGCAGGCCUAGACAUUAAGCAUUUACCACUGGUGGCCCAUUGGGCCACUAGAAUUUAAAAGUUACUGGCCCAAAUGGAAAAUGUGGUGGCCCGAAUGCGCGCGGUACCCGAACCACGGCUGUUGCAGGCAG